AUGGAGAAGAAAGGCCAAAACAAAGAUGGGACUUUUUUGCAGCACCCAUUUUUCCUUAUCAUUGUUCUGGCUUUUGGUUUUGUUAUGAUGGAUCCUUUCCAACUAGGUCCCGUCGGAGGCCUUCAAUUCAGGCCAGUGAAGCAUGACAUCGCACCAUACAAGGAAGUCAUGGGUAAUUGGCCUCGAGACAACAAAAGCCGGUUAGGAGAUGGGAAACUGGAGUUUGUGGAUGAAGUUUAUGGCCCUGAGUCAUUAGAGUUUGACAGCUUAGGGCGUGGCCCUUAUGCUGGAUUAGCUGAUGGGCGCAUUGUUAGAUGGAUGGGUGAGGAUAUUGGAUGGGAGACAUUUGCCAUUGUAACAUCAAACUGGUCAGAGAAGCUAUGUGCAAGAGGUGCUGACUCAACUACAGCUAAGCAGUGGAAACAUGAGAAAUGGUGUGGCCGUCCUCUUGGCUUAAGGUUCAACAAAGAGAGCGGAGAUUUGUACAUUGCUGAUGCCUACUACGGAUUGCUCAUGGUUGGGCCUGACGGAGGACUUGCCACACCUUUGGCAACUCAUGUGGAAGGGAAACGAAUACUCUUUGCAAAUGACCUGGACAUCCAUAGGAAUGGUUCCAUCUUUUUCACUGAUACUAGCAAAAAGUACAACAGAGUGAAUCAUUUCUUCAUUUUGUUAGAAGGAGAAGCAACUGGCAGGCUUCUCAGAUAUGAUCCUCCUACUAAGACAACUCAUAUAGUUUUGGAUGGUUUGGCUUUUCCAAAUGGAGUGCAAUUUUCUAUGGACCAAACUUUCCUCGUUUUCACUGAGACUACCAAUUGCAGGCUAAUGAAAUACUGGCUAGAAGGUCCAAAAAGUGGUACUGUGGAACUUGUGGCUCAUCUACCUGGUUUUCCAGACAAUGUAAGAAUAAAUGACAGAGGUCAAUUCUGGGUAGCAAUAGACUGUUGCCGCACUCCAGCACAAGAAGUUCUCACCCACAAUCCAUGGAUGAGGAGCCUCUACUUCAGGUUACCUUUUAGAAUGAGUGUCUUAGCCAGAAUAAUAGGGAUGAGGAUGUACACCGUUAUCUCACUCUUCAAUGAGAAGGGAGAAAUUCUGGAAGUUCUUGAGGAUCCAAGUGGUGUGGUUAUGAAGCUAGUCAGUGAAGUUAGAGAAAUACAAGGGAAGCUAUGGAUUGGAACUGUGGCUCAUAAUCACAUCGCUACCCUCCCUUACCCUUGA